AUGACGAUGACGCCAAUCAGCUUUGUGGUCUUUCUAUGCUUCGUUUACUUCUUGAUGCCAGUGGAGUCAUUCUCGUCAUCAAGCAUUUUGCAUCAUCGCUCAUCCUUAUCCCCCUCCUUUCGACAACAUGAUGGUCGGCUUCCGUUGGCCAAGACCCUACAGGACAAUGAUGAUUCUUCAUCAUCGUCAACGACAUCCUUUGCGUCUCCCAUGGAGGCCGUUAAAAAUUCAUUUGGGUUUCAAACAAAGCAAGAAGAAUUCCAAAAGGCACAAGCCGAUGGCUUUGGCACACGCGCACGAAAUGCGGCCAUCAAUGCGACAGUUGGUGAUAUCUUGGUACCGCUCUGCUCCAAUUUGGAACAACGACAAAAACUAGCCAAUCAAGGUGUCUAUCCAGGAGUCGAAUAUGAAAUAUGCAGCCUUACUUUAUUGGCAUCAUCUGACGAUGAUAUGUCCUCCAGCAGUGGUGACAGCGGUGACAGCGUUGGAAUGAAUGGCAAUGAUGAUUCUGCGACUGCCACCAUGAUGACAGCAAAAUCCAAGGUCGUACAGACUCUACAGGGUCUCGACCGUGGCGCCAAACAAGGUGUCAUUGCCACUGUCAAACCUGCCUAUCCUUUGCGAGCGCAUUUGGAACGAGACGAUUGGCCAGUCUCCGUAGCAUUGUUGAAGGAUGUCCCACUGUGGUUGGCCAAGGCCACAUAUGAGGCAGGCACGGCUGUUGGAACUUUGGCGGUUUCUCUUUCAGGGUUGGUCAUGGCAUCGUUGGUGGCCUUUUGGAUUCAAUUGGUUGGAGUGCCAACACCAUCCAUGCUCCCAGCGUUGCAACCUGGGACAGUUGUGCUUGUAACACGGAGCCUGCCAAUGUUAGGGAAGGCCUUUCAACCAAAAGUUGGAGAUGUCGUCUUUUUCGAUGCCCCAUCCGAAUUGGAGACUGCCAUUUCUCAGCGCAUGAUAAUGCCCGAAGAGUCAUCCGCUGCUACAGCGAGCCAAGACGAUGUCAAUGACGACAUGGCCAAUCUCGUGCCUUCUGCCAGCAGCAGCAGCAACAACAACAAGGCCGACACUAGCACCAAAGGCAAGCAAUUGCUCAAGCGCGUCGUGGCCGUUCCCAAUGAAAAGGUAGGGGUCAGGCAGUCUUCGCCGUAUGUUCAAGUCUCCGAGUCAACCUACCGUUUCGAUGUGAUUGGACGAUAUGCCCGCCCCGAAAUCUUUCCUGCCGACUCUUGGAAUCGUCCCCUCGAGACUUUAGGAAGGAAGGAAUACUUUGUGGCUGGAGACAAUGGAUACCGAUCUGUUGAUUCUAGGGUCUGGGGCCCACUCCAACAAAAGUACAUUAUUGGAACGGCCCAAUGGGUGGUAUGGCCUUUGGACCAUUUUGGACCCAUCCCGCCUGGUCCCAUUUCAGAAGUGACAAAGCCAAAAUGA